GCUGAGGAAAUAAUAUAACCGUUUUUUUCUUAACCUUUUUUGGUUUUUGACUCAUGUUAUUUAUUGGUCUUGACCACAGAGGCAGAUGAGCAAACGUGGACGUCGUUAGCUUCAGUCUCUGCCCAGUGAUAAACUGAACCGCGGUGACAGUUUGACAGUUAGUUGGCGUUAAUCAAUACAAGUGACGGAGUUGGGAAGCACGCUGUUAUAGCUUUACAAUGACGGAACGCUCCUCGUUGUUGCUCCGGAAACAAUUAGCAGAGCUCAACAAGAACCCAGUGGAAGGAUUCUCUGCCGGUCUCGUUGAUGAUGAUGACAUCUAUCAGUGGGAAGUGGUUGUCAUUGGACCUCAAGACACGUUAUUUGAAGGAGGUUUCUUCAAAGCUACCCUAACGUUCCCCCGUGACUAUCCUCUGAGGCCUCCCAAGUUGAAGUUCGUCACAGAAAUCUGGCAUCCAAAUGUGGCAAAAAAUGGAGAUGUCUGCAUCUCUAUCCUGCAUGAACCUGGCGAGGACAAGUAUGGCUAUGAGAAGCCUGAGGAGCGCUGGCUGCCGAUCCAUACAGUGGAGACCAUCAUGAUCAGCGUUAUCUCCAUGUUGGCAGACCCCAAUGGAGACUCCCCCGCCAACGUAGACGCAGCUAAAGAGUGGCGGGAGGAUCCGAGAGGGGUUUUUAAGAAGAAGGUGGCGCGCUGCGUGCGGAGGAGUCAAGAGAUGGCUUAUGACUAAAGCCUUCCUCCCGCCAUCAACACAAUUGGAACUGGACAGGGGAUUUGACAACUGGUUACACUUAAAUUGGCUCGAUGGUCAUGGGGGCCCACAACUAGUCACCAAAACAAGAAAAAGACUCACAGGAAAAGAUUAAAAAAACAUAUUUCUCUACUAAUUUUGCUAUUUGAGGGUUUAUAUUUAUGACUUAUGCUGACUGGCAGAUGCAUUCAUGCUGCCAUGAGUUACAUUUUUCCACCAUCAAUUGCACCAGACACUUAUUGGUCAAGCAUCUACUUUUCACUCACAGGAAGACUAAUUACACAGCCUAAUACUUUCUCUAAUGUACAUACGUGUCAGAUUUUUAGGAGGAAUCCUCGUUGAUAAAUGCAACAUUUUUUGUUAUUUAGUUUACAUUUAUAUUGACCUAUUUAUUUAGAGUGAGGCUGUUUUAAGAUGCAUAUCAUCUGAGUUUUUUUGUUUAUUUUCACCCUGCCACACUGAGCCAUCCAGUCCACAGCUAAUUUUAAUCAAAUAUGCAAUUUUGCAAUAUUUACAGUCCCACUGGUUCUCAUUUCCCUGCACACCCUAAGUGUUCUCCAGAGAAUGUGGUCCUUCUCUCCCUGAUGGGCAAACUUAUCACCCAGCGCUGCCUUAACGUGGACUGCCAGCAAAGGAAAAGUAUAUCUUCAAUAAGGACCGCAUCCGAAGGCCUGUUUAGAAUCCAGAAAAAAAAAAACUUGUGGGCAAACCAAAGAGAAUACACACCAAUAAAUAUAUAUAUUUUAACGAACAUGCUACUUUUUUUUAUUUUACUCGUGUAAAUAUAAACUGUUUGUCCUUGCUUUGAUAAACUGUCAAUAUGCUUUUGAACACUGCAUGUUUAGAGAGAAUGCAUUCAGCUUGCCUCUGGGAGAGGCGGGAUGUUAUUGUAGUCGCGUUCAAUUGGGGUCUUUUUCACAGAAGGUAUUUUGACAUGUCGCAGGAGAUGCAGUGUAUAUAAUCAAAAUAAGUGGCUAAAUUCCAUUCAGCAGCUCCCGCCUCACGCUUAUCUUUAGAGGCACUUCAACAGAAUGUAGUUAUCACUAACAAUUUUCUGAUGAGUAAAAAUGUCUACCGUUGUAAAGGCCGACAACACCUACAUGAUCGGCUGAUCAGGUGACUUGGAGCCGAACGGUAAUAACCAAUUUGUAUGCUUAGUAUGGACAUCGGUUGAAUAACAGGUAUGUUGGCACACUUAUGAACUUUACAUUGUGAAAACUAGUAAUAAACCAUAUUGUGGACAAGU